UUGGACCGUUGUUGAUCGGCCCAUUAGGCCCCGAAAAUGGUGGCGAGGCUCCGUGGCGGAGAAGCGGCGGCUGUACGGCCUGUUAUUAUUCUCAGAACCCCUCAAAAGCCCUAGCGUUCCGAUUCCGCCGGCGGAGAAUGGCGGACGACGUUCGGUUCGUCUCUUCCUCCAUCAAAGUCCCGCCUUUCUCGCCAUUGUUCGAAUCCCAGUCCCACGCUGGCUCCCAUUCCCUGCUCUCUUCGAUUCAGCUCAAAUCGCGUUGUAGAUUCGCCAUCCUGCCGUUUAACAUCAAUUUCAACUUGAGGUUCAAUCCCCUGCCGGCCAAUUUCAUUUCCGAAUUCGUCAGAAACCCGCCGUUUUUCCGUCACAAUAUCAAGAGUCGAUUGCAUAACAGAUUGUUAAUGAAGGCCCCGCUCUUUUGCUCCGCUACGUUAGCUCUAGCUCUGUCGGAUGGGGAGCCUAGGAGUGAGUCGAAGCAGUCGAAAGGAGGUGAGGAAUCGGACGCGUUGGUUGAGUACAAAGGUGAUGACUCGGGGAGUGUUGCUCAGUCGAAGACUGUGAGUAGCAGCCGUGUGGCGGAGGAAGAGAGGGUUCUGAUAAGCGAAGUGUUGGUUAGGAAUAAGGAUGGAGAGGAAUUGGAGAGGAAGGACUUGGAAGCCGAGGCAUUGACUGCGUUGAAAGCUUCUCGUGCGAAUUCUGCACUGACGGUGCGCGAGGUGAAGGAAGAUGUGCACAGGAUUAUUGCCAGUGGGUAUUUCAUGUCUUGUAUGCCAGUUGCGGUGGACACCCGCGAUGGCAUCCGCUUGAUAUUUCAGGUAGAACCAAACCAAGAGUUUCGGGGAUUGGUGUGUGAAGGUGCUAAUGUUCUUCCAGCAAAGUUUGUGGAGGAUGCUUUUCGGGAUGGAUAUGGCAAGGUGGUUAACAUCAGGCAUCUGGAUGAAAUAAUAAAAUCAAUCGAUGGUUGGUACAUGGAACGGGGCCUUUUUGGCAUGGUUUCUGGUGUGGAUAUUCUUUCUGGGGGUAUUGUUAAAUUACAAGUUUCAGAAGCAGAGGUUAAUAAUAUAACCAUACGUUUCCUUGAUAAGACCGGUGAGCCAACAGUUGGAAAAACAAGGCCACAAACUAUUCUCAGGCAACUUACGACCAAGAAGGGACAGGUAUACAGUAUGAUUCAGGGGAAAAGAGAUGCUGAUACUGUACUAGCAAUGGGUGUCAUGGACGAUGUUAGUAUUAUUCCUCAGCCUGCUAGUGACACUGGCAAGGUGGAUUUGACUAUGAAUGUUGUUGAACGUAAGAGCGGCGGGGGAAUUUCCGGAGGUGGUGGGAUAUCUAGUGGAAUAACCAGUGGACCUUUAGCAGGACUAAUUGGGAGCAUUGCUAUAUAUCAUAAAAACCUCUUCGGACGAAACCAGAAACUUAAUCUAUCAUUGGAGAGGGGGCAAAUUGAUUCCAUAUUUAAGCUGAACUACACGGAUCCUUGGAUUGAAGGAGAUGAUAAAAGGACAUCUAGAUCAAUCAUGAUACAGAAUUCCAGAACACCAGGGACACUUGUUCAUGGCAACCAGCCAGAUAACAAUCAUCUUACAAUUGGAUGCAUUACAGCCGGGAUCGAGUACAGUAGGCCACUUAGGCCAAAGUGGAACGGAACAGCUGGACUUAUAUUUCAACGGGCGGGUGCUCAUGACGAAAAGGGCAAUCCCGUUAUAAGAGACUUCUUUGGCAGUCCUCUCACUGCAAGUGGCAACACCCACGAUGAUAUGUUACUGGCUAAACUUGAGAGUGUCUACAGCAGCUCCGGUGACCCUGGUUCUUCGAUGUUUGUGUUCAAUAUGGAUCAGGGGAUCCCCGUCUCUCCAGAGUGGUUGGUUUUCAAUAGAGUUAAUGCCCGUGCUAGACAGAUCGUAGCGCUUGGACCUGCACGAUUCCUUGUAUGUUUGUCUGGUGGUCAUGUACAUGGUAAGUUUCCGCCCCAUGAAGCAUUUCCAAUCGGCGGAACCAACAGUGUAAGGGGCUACGAGGAAGGCGCAGUUGGCUCUGGUGGAUCCUAUUUGGUUGGAAGUGGAGAAAUAUCAUUUCCGGUGAUUGGGCCGCUAGAAGGGGCUGUCUUCGCCGACUAUGGAACUGAUAUCGGUUCAGGAUCAGCUGUUCCAGGUGAUCCCGCCGGGGCAAGAAAUAAGCCCGGCAGCGGGUAUGGAUAUGGGGUUGGCAUCCGCCUCGACUCUCCUCUGGGGCCACUUAGACUCGAAUACGCCUUCAAUGAUCAACGAACUGGUAGAUUUCACUUCGGGAUCGGCCUCCGUAAUUAAGAGACCUUGCGUUUAUAGUGUUCUUUUGACAGAUAGAGUAGAGUUCCUUCCCCAGUCAAGAUAUUUUUCUCAUUGCUUUUCUUGCGAAGUUUUGCAUCCGUUCCUACAAUUAGAAUCAUGUUGGGUGUGUUUGUUGGUUUGUGGAUUUGAUCUUUGUUUGGGGUUUUAUGAAUAAUAAAAUUUUGAAUUUAAA